AUGGGAGGUGCAUUAAAGUGUGGAAUUCAAAGAAAACCAAAGAAAAGCAAUACUCAUAAAUUGAUCGCUCAAAAAUACAUGGGGAAAUGUAAACAUUGAAAUUAGAGUGUAGUUGAUGAUUUUGAACUGGAUAUGCUGAUUCUUAUUUUCAAAGACCUUGCUUCCAGAUAGAGUAACUUAUUGUUAAGUAGAGAUACAUUCAAUACCUUUUUCUAAAUAAUAGUUUGUAGCAUAUAGAUUAUUAAUGUAGGGAUUUUGGGGAGAACAAAUCUUCAAUAAGUUCACGAACAAGCAAGAGGAUUACAUGAAUUUUGAUGAGUUUUUGGCAGGAAUGGAGAUGUACAUUAAGUGUUCAGAUGAAUAGCGAAUUGUGAAUUUGUUUCAGCUUUACGAUUUGCAGAACUAGAAGGUCAUAGCAAAGAGUGACUUUUUAUAAAUGGUAUGUUAGGUGUUAGAUAGAAAUAGAUGCAGAACUAUCCUCAAUACGAAUUGAAGAAGAUAUGUGAAGACUAGCUAUUUUUAGAUGAAUCUUUGAUUAUAGAUGAUUUUGGUAAUCGACGUAAGCAUCGGCAUCGAAAGUAUAAGAAUAGUGCAGACAUCUUGGAAUAGUCAGGUAUGUUAUACAUCUGAAUAAUGAAUAAGUUUAACAACUUAGAAAGUAGAGCUAGAAUAUUUCAGAGCAGCAAUUCGAGAGUUCACAUAAAAUAAUCUCGGAAGGGUUAUAGAGUUGUUUUUCUAAGUAAUCUGAUGCCCUUUUUGUGUAAGAUAGCAUGAUCUAAGAGAAUGGUACUCCUUAAAAGCGAUUUGGAUUAUUGAUAACAGCUUAAGUAUAUAGUGAUAAAAUAAAUCAGGUUGAUGGUUAAAAGAUUGAGAUGUGUGUCAAUUAAAGUUUAUUGAUUAAGAAAUAUGUAGACUUAGUGUAUAAGAACAAGCAUGAUUAGUUAUUGACGUUGCAAGAAUUCUAGGCAUUUAUUGCAAAACAUCCCAAUUUAAUCCAACCACUUUAUACAGCAUUUAACUAUAACAUUUGGGGGGUCACAGAUAAAUAACCCAACUAUAAAUAACUGUAAUAAUGCGAUGAAUACAAAAUAGAAUAUUGAUAACGUCAGGAGACUUAUAUAGAAUUUCAAAGAAAAAAGAAAUAAAAUAGAAAUAUUGCGAACUUUAUCCACAUGUGCUAUUAGAAUUUCGUAAAAAAGGAGAAAAGCCUUCAAAAGUAAUUUGUUUGUAGGGUUUGAUAAUCGAGGAAAAGGUGGACUAAUAAGUUUAGAAAUAUGGAUUCAAAAUACUUCAUGUUGGGAAGUAAUAUAACAGUAAGAGUUAUGAAUGUUCUGAUGAUAAGUAAUUUAGAUUGUGGUCGAAUGCAUUGCAAGCUUAUAAUAAGUAAUUAUUCUAGUAUUAUUGCAGUGGGGAGAUAAGCAAAAAGUAUUCCAUUUUGGAGAAGAUUGGACAGGGUCAGUCAUCUAUCGUCUAUUAAUGUUAGGACAAGUUGACAAAGGAGACGUAUGCAUUGAAGAUCAUCAAUAAACAAUAGAUUUCAUAAAAUUAAGUGGAGGCAAUAAAGCAUGAGGUGGAUAUCAUGAAAUUGAUAAAUCAUCCAUAUAUUGUAAGAUUGGUGGAGAGUUUUGAGAAUAGAAGUCACAUCUAUUUAGUUACAGAAUUGAUAAAGGAUGGAGACCUCUAUGAUUAUGUGGAGGAGAGGAAGUACCUAGCUGAAGAGGAGGCUGCCCUAGUGUUGUCUUAGCUGAUUGAAGCCUUGCAGUGUAUAGAUUCAAUGGGAAUUGUGCAUCGAGACAUUAAGCCGGAGAACAUUAUGAUAGUGCUGAAUCAGAACACGAUCAAGUAGGUGAAGAUAAUUGAUUUCGGAUUUGCCAAUUAUUUAUCCACUUUGAAUGAGAGGAAAGAGAAGUUUGAGUGUGGGACCAUGAAUUAUAUUGCACCUGAGGUAUAUCAAUAGUGUAAAGAAUUGACAUCUAAAAUCGAUAACUUUGCCUUGGGAGGAGUUCUGUAUUUUAUGUUAUGUGGCUACCCUCCUUUCUAUUCAGAAAUACCAUUGGAAAUCAAAGAGAAUAUCAUAAAUGGCAACUAUGAUAUUUAAGAUGAGUUCUGGCAGUGUAUAAAUGAUGAUGUGAAGGAACUCAUAGCUGGAUUGUUAGAAGUAGAUCCAAUGAAAAGAUUUUCACUUAAACAAGUGAAAGAGCAUAUUUGGAUGAAAAAAUUUUUGGAAAAGCGUAAAUCAAAAAAGAAAUGA